AUGGACCGGAUACCUAUACCAAGUAGCCUCGACGAGGUUGAGCAGCUGGUGAUCAAGCUCUAUGAGCCAAACUCAGCCUCGGCAAUAUCUCAUAUCCAAGAGGUACUGCAGAGGCUCCAAAAGUCACCCGAGGGAUGGCAGAUAGCCGAAGGCCUGCUCUCCCGGUCCAGUGACAACGUCAAGUUCUUUGGCGCCUUGACGUUUAUCGUCAAGUUGAAUACCGAUUCUAUCGAGGACGGUGACGCACGAUCCGUGUUACGGAACCUGAUCAGCUGGCUCCUGAAGAGCCUAGAGAGCGGAGCUGGUGUCAUUGUCAUCCGGAAACUCUGCUCUGCUCUGACGACACAUUUCAUCCAUUUCUCACACCUCUGGCCCUCUUGCGUUCGCCGGAUGCUACAUUGCUUGCAGACAAAUAGUACCGACAUCGAUGGUACCAGCGCUCCUUCUCCCGAGAAUGCUCUGCGGGGCCUGACACCACAGAAGUCUGUGACUGCGUUGUGGUUUGCGGCAGCUCUCGCCGAAGAGGCUGAGAAGACGGAUCCAAGUUCCACCAAGUACAUCAGCCUCCACGAGCGCCUGGUAAAUAACGUUCAAGAUAUUGCGUUGCUGUUGGCGCACUCGUUGUCCAGAGACACUGAGGUGCAGGGUCAGCAGGAAGCGAUCCGCUGCCUACAGGCAUGGCUUCUGUAUGCACAACGUGCGCCUAAUGAGCAGCUGAAGUCGGCUUUGCGCCCUCUCUUGCAGCCCACGAUCAAGUGUCUCGUUAUCGAUGAGCUCUAUGAUAACGCCAUAGAUCUCCUCACCGAUACCCUCAGCAACUGGCAGAACUUCUUCACUCGAGGUGACUACGACCUGUUGUACAAUCUUUUCGACAGCAAUUGGUCUCAGGAGAAGUACCAAAAUCUACAGUCGGGAGAUUUUGAAUUCGACUCUGUCCAGUUUGGUCUUCUCAUGGUCGCUUUUGGCGAUGCCCAAAUCACUGAACUGAUGGACGCUUCUAACGAGCGGGCUCAGCGCUUCCUCGCCGGACUCGUCGGGCUACUUACCGCAGAGGGACAUCCUGUCGCCGAGGACAAGAUCUUCGUUCCAGCACUUGAGUUCUGGUCUCAGUUUGUUGAAAACUUAGUGGACAACAUGUAUUCUGAACCACAAGAGAGUGUGAGCUGGGACACCCCUCCCCUAUCUUAUCUUACCCAAGUGGUUUCGCAUUGUUGGAAGAAGAUCCAAUACCCCUCGUUGGAUGUUUAUAACUCUUGGGACUCCACAGAAAGAGUUGGGUUCGGUGAUGCGCGCAAAGAUGUCUCCGAUCUACUUCAGUCUGUGUUCACGAUCUCCGGCCAGCCUCUCAUCUCCCUCUUCGUGGACUUGACAUUGCAGGGCGUUUCUAAUUCAGCAUGGGCCGAACUCGAAGCUGCUGCCUUCUGCCUGGGGUCCCUAUCGGACUGCGUCUCAGACAGCACAAGCUGCGAUGAUAUCCUGAGCAAGGUAUUUGGAUCGCAACUCUUUGAUCUCCUACGUCAAGGUCAAUCUGUCGUUCCUGUUCGAGCAAGACAGACCUGCCUUUCUCUCAUUGAACGAUACUCAGACUACUUCACCCGACACGCAGAAUACCUACCAGCUGCACUCAAUCUUCUCUUCAGCGCCGUUGGUGAUCAUCCACUGGCGGGCCCUUCUUCCAAAUCAAUCUACCGGCUCUGCUCUUCUUGUCGCGCACUGCUGACAUCCGAAGUGGAUGCCUUCUUAAGUCAAUACGAAUCACUCAGGAGUGCACCGAAUCUUGAUUCCUUAGCUGAGGAGAGAGUAGUUGGUGCCAUCGCUUCUAUAGUGCAAGCCGUACCGGAUGAGGCCACUAGACUACACGCGUUCCGACGAUUGAUGGUGUCGCUUGGAACAGAUGUGGAGAGAUCACUGCAGCUGAAGGACUACAACUCCAACGUGGACCCGAACGAUCCAGUCAUCGCCCGGGCUUACGAUUUGGCUCAGCGGCCAUCCGCACCUGUAGCUUCAAGCGAAGUCGCCCUUCUGACGGCGAUUCGUGCACUUCGCUGUCUCUUGGGCUGCGCCAAGGGAUUACAAGCACCCUCGGAGUCAUUUGUCGACCUCGACGCCGAAGAAAGCACCUCUUCGCUCACCGCCAAUCCAGAGCUUGAGCAAAUGCAGCGAGACAUUAUUGGCAUAUUAGCGCGCAUGAAGGAUGUCUUUGGUGAGAGCACAGAGGCCUUGGACGUCAUCUGCUCAAUACUGAAGGCAGGCUUCUCGGAAACCGAACCGGGCCCAUUUGUCUUCUCACCUCAGGUCAUAACGGAGUUUCUUACGAGUUCGUGGCAUAACCGUGUUGCCUCAGCGAUUAGCACAGCCUGUGUCUUCGUCACCUCUAUUUAUAACGGAAGUAACAAGCGCCAAUUGCCGGGAAUCAUCCACCAGCUACUUCCAUGGGUUGUGGGCCUGCUCCACCAGCUUCAAGACCCUGUAAACGAUCCCGAAUUAGCACAAUAUGGUGUUGAGUUCACCCAGAAGGCGAUGAUCAAGGCCCCUGGGACCUUUAUCCAACUUCAGCCAACUACCCUGUUGGAGUACCUAUUCAUGUUCGCCAUCAAGAUGCUGAAUGGCCGUGAACCACUUCCGAAAGCGGCAGCAGCGGACUUCUGGACCAGCUUCAUCACACUCAAGACCUCGGACCAGGAUACGCAAUCCGCAAUCGAUAGCGCCAUGGGCCACCUGGGCCCUAUGGUGGCUCACUCCCUCGUGCAGAACAUCGGAGGCAAGGCCUCCCGCAGUGAGUUGGACAAGCUGAGCGACCCGCUCAAGAAGCUCGUCGUCCAGCACGUCCACGCCAAGCAGUGGCUGGAGGCCGCGCUGAACGACGCCUCCUUUCCCAGCGAUAAGGUGUCCCAUGAUGACAAGGCGCUGUUCUUGAAGAAGAUCGUGAGCUUGCGGGGAAGCAGGGCAACGAACCAGGUGGUCCGGGAGUUCUGGCUGGCAUGUAGAGGAUCGAAUUUCGCGUAUGCUUCGUGA